UACAUUCUUUGUUACGUCAGUCCCUGCUUUUGCUCAAGUAACUGCGACCGCGUGUACACUUUAAUUUACUCCGGUCGAAGCAGUGUGCAGUGAUAAGUGUAGAUGUGACCAAUGACAUUAAAAUGUUCCUACAUUCUUUUCACCUUAAUUGGUUUAAUUCCGUUAACUUCGUCGCUAAGACAACUUCACAUAGUUUUCCGCCAUGGUGAAAGGGCGCCAACCGAAACGUACAAAAACGAUCCACAUAUAAACACCACGUGGUCUGGAGGAUGGGGCCACCUAACAAAUCGCGGCAAAUUCGAAAUGUACUCGUUGGGUUUGAAACUACGACAACUGUACCCGGAUUUCAUUCCAGAGUAUUAUUUUCCAGAAGAUGUUAAAGUACUAAGUAGUUAUGCCGAUCGCUGCCUUAUGAGUGCCGAAGCUUUACUGGCAGCUUUAUUUCCACCGAAAGGCAAACAAAUUUGGAACGAAAAUCUGUUAUGGCAACCUAUUCCAGUUCAUUAUGUCCCUAGAAGCCAAGACAAUUUAAUAGCUAUGAAAGCCGCGUGCAAAAACUACGACGAAGAGUUGACUCGGGUUUUAAAUUCCGCAGUGAUCAAAAAUAUCGACGAAGAAAACUCACAAUUGUAUGAUUAUUUGACAAAGCACACGGGACAACCAGUUGAUACAAUAGGGAAGGUGGAGUUGUUAUAUAACACAUUAGAGAUAGAACUACUUCACAAUUUAACUUUACCGUCUUGGACAAAGAAUGUCUCCAUGGAACACCUGAAGACUCUCGCUGCAAGAAGUUUAGAAACUUUUACUGAAAACGAUUUCAUGAAACGCAUGAAAGGGGGAGUCUUUUUGAAACACGUCAUUUCUUGUAUGGAGAAUGUUGAAAAAAAUCCACUGUUGUUCCUCUACAGUGCGCAUGAUUUAACGCUUGUAAAUAUUUUGAAUACUUUGGGGUACAAGUCAAUGUUAAAACCAGGCUUUGGUGCGUCUUUUAUUAUAGAAAUGCGCAACAGUUCCGAAAUUUUGAUGCAAUAUAGAAACGAUAUCGUUAGUGAUCCAGAGCCAAUUGUCGUCAAAGACUGUCCUAAACCUUGCACAUUAGAUCAGUUCACAAAGAAAUUAGAAGCUUUUAUUCCAUUAGACUGGAGUAAAGAAUGUGGCCAUUAAGUGAACAUUUUUGUUUGGACGUAAUUAAUAUAACACAAAUGUAUGUAAAAGCAAAAUAUAGAAUAUUUUCCUAUUGUUCCUAUUGAA